GGCCCGGGAGGCUGUGCCGGGCCAGGCCGGGCCCCGCUGACUGACAUGCUGACCUUCUUCCUCGUCUCGGGGGGCUCUCUGUGGCUGUUCGUGGAGUUCAUUCUCUCGCUUCUGGAAAAGAUGCAGACACAGGAGAUUCUGAGGAUGCUGCGGCUGCCCGAGCUGGGCGACGUGGGUCAGUUCUUCCGCAGUCUUUCAGCCACCACCCUCAUGAGUAUGGGUGCGUUGGCCGCCAUCCUCGCCUACUGGUUCACUCACCGGCCAAAGGCCUUGCAACCACCGUGCAACCUCCUGAUGCAGUCAGAGGAAGUGGAGGACAGUGGUGGUGCCCGGCGAUCAGUGAUUGGAGAUGGCCCUCAGCUGCUCACCCACUACUACGAUGAUGCCAGGACCAUGUACCAAGUGUUCCUUCGUGGACUUAGCAUCUCAGGAAAUGGACCGUGCCUUGGUUUUAGGAAGCCCAAUCAGCCUUAUCAGUGGCUGUCCUACCAGGAGGUGGCUGACAGGGCUGAAUUUCUGGGGUCCGGACUCCUCCAGCACAAUUGUAAAGCAAGCACAGAUCAGUUUAUUGGUAUUUUUGCACAAAAUCGACCAGAGUGGAUCAUUGCGGAGCUUGCCUGCUACACUUAUUCUAUGGUCGUGGUUCCGCUCUAUGACACCCUGGGCCCUGGGACUAUCCGCUACAUCAUCAACACAGCUGACAUCAGCACUGUGAUUGUGGACAAACCUCGGAAGGCCCAGCUUCUGCUGGAGCACGUAGAGCGGAAGGAGACUCCAGGACUCAAGCUGAUCAUCCUCAUGGAACCAUUUGAGGAAACUCUGAAAGACAGAGGCCAAGAGUGUGGAGUGGUCAUUAAGUCCAUGCAGGCUGUGGAGGACUGCGGCCAGCAGGAUCUUCAUGUUCCUGUGCCCCCAAAGCCCAGUGACCUCUCCAUUGUGUGUUUCACAAGUGGCACAACAGGGAACCCAAAAGGUGCAAUGCUAACCCAUGGGAACGUGGUGGCUGAUUUCUCAGGCUUUCUGAAAGUGACAGAGAAAGUGAUCUUUCCGAGACAGGACGAUGUGCUCAUCUCCUUCCUGCCUCUGGCUCACAUGUUUGAGAGAGUGAUCCAGAGUCAGUGGGCUCCCACUUGUGCGGAUGUGCACAUUUCCUAUUUGCCUUUAGCACACAUGUUUGAGCGAAUGGUGCAGUCUGUUGUCUACUGCCACGGCGGGCGCGUCGGCUUCUUCCAGGGAGACAUCCGCCUCCUCUCAGAUGACAUGAAGGCUCUAUGCCCCACCAUCUUCCCUGUGGUUCCUCGACUGCUGAACCGGAUGUAUGACAAGAUCUUCAGCCAGGCAAACACACCGCUAAAGCGCUGGUUCCUGGAGUUUGCAGCAAAUCGUAAACAGGCUGAGGUCCGAAGUGGAGUCAUCAGGAAUGAUAGUAUCUGGGAUGAACUCUUAUUUCAUAAGAUUCAGGCCAGCCUUGGUGGGUGUGUGCGGAUGAUUGUGACUGGAGCAGCUCCCGCAUCACCAACAGUCCUGGGAUUCCUCCGGGCAGCUCUGGGGUGCCAGGUUUAUGAAGGUUACGGCCAAACUGAGUGCACAGCUGGAUGUACCUUCACCACACCUGGGGACUGGACCUCAGGGCACGUAGGGGCGCCUCUGCCCUGCAAUCAUAUCAAGCUCAUCGAUGUUGAGGAACUGAACUAUUGGACCUACAAAGGAGAGGGAGAGAUAUGUGUGAGAGGACCAAAUGUGUUCAAAGGUUACUUGAAAGAUCCAGACAAGACAAAGGAGGCUCUGGACAGUGAUGGCUGGCUCCAUACUGGAGACAUUGGGCAGUGGCUGCCGGCGGGGACUCUUAAAAUUAUUGACCGGAAGAAGCACAUAUUUAAACUUGCUCAGGGAGAAUAUAUUGCGCCUGAGAAGAUUGAGAACAUCUACAUCCGGAGUGAGCCUGUGGCACAAACCUAUGUCCAUGGGGACAGCUUACAGGCCUUUUUGGUGGGCAUUGUUGUGCCCGACCCUGAAGUCAUGCCCUCCUGGGCACAGAAGAGAGGAAUUGAAGGGACAUACUCAGAGCUCUGCUUAAAUAAGGAGCUGAAGAAAGCCAUUUUGGAAGAUAUGGUGAGGUUGGGAAAAGAAAGUGGACUCCAUUCUUUUGAACAGGUUAAAGCCAUUCACAUCCAUUCUGACAUGUUCUCAGUUCAAAAUGGCUUGCUGACACCAACACUAAAGGCUAAGAGACCUGAGCUGAGAGAGCACUUCAAAAAACAAAUAGAAGAGCUUUACUCAACCUCCAUGUGAAGUUCAAGGGAAGUUCUUCUCAGUACAAUGGACUGUGUAGCAAUAUUAUAGUUACUAUUGAAAGUAAUGAGUCAGAAUGAUGCAGCCGAAAAUUAAUAAGCACGUGACUUUAUGACUGAGCCUUUUCCUGUCCCAAGAGGUCUUUAACAAUAUUUUCUCUAUCAUCACCGAAUACACUUUAUUUUUAUUAAAAUGAUAUUGUAGCGAGCUGCUAAAAAUCUUGCAAAUGGCAAUGUAAAAAUCAAGACUUUUCUCAAGAACUGUGUACCACUAAAAGAAAUACAUUCUCAAUGUUCACAGCACUCCUAUUAAAUGUAAAGGAAAAACAUAA